AUGACCACGAUGGGCAAUCGACUGCGACACCUUCGGAAAAGACGCAAUGAUACCAUAGCGAUCGACUUAUGCGAGGACGCAUUCAACACAACUCACUCUCGAACGACCGGGGAGGAGAUUUGCGGCUGGGUUUGGAUCCGAACGGGAUCGAGACUUAGUCCAGGGAUGCUUGAAAUUGUAUUCCGAGGUCGCUCCCGCGUUGAGAACAAUGCGAUUUUGCAACCAGUGCGCACAUAUCGACAAAGAAAUUUUCUUGAGAUGAAGCAGCCCAUUGAGAAGGAUGAUUUCACGCCAUACGACGCUCUGAAGAACGGGUUCCUCUAUAGGUUCCCAUUUACAUUCAUAGUACCUGGAAAGCUUCCGAUCCAUGCAUGCUGCCAUGAUGGGAAGUUUUGGAAUGCUCUAAAUUCGCAUUUGGUUCUCCCACCGUCCAUUGAAAGAUCGAGUGAUAACAAAAACAUGUCACGGUUCGAUGAUAUGUGCCCUGAAAAUAUCAACAUUGCCUAUGCCGUGGAGGCGACGGUUGCAAGUGAACGGGCAGGAGACUUUCGAUCGAAAGAACCGUGGAACUUCGCUUCGAAAAAGAUCACCAUAAUUCCAUUAUCCAAAAGAAUAGACUACUUGGAUUCUUUCGACGACCUCAUAUCGUCUCUGCCGCCUUCGAAAUUUUUCGCUGCACAGAAGAAACAAACCACGGAGCUCCAUCUUGAAUACGUAGCAGCGACAUCAGCCACUAUUUUUCUACCUCUUCAACAUAAUACCAAAGAUUACACGACCAUCAUACCUGUCAAGGUAACAUUUGAAUCGAAUCACGGUGGAGUACCGCCCAAAUUGAGUCGAAUCUCUCGGAAGCUGGUUGCCCAUACCACGGCGAAAGCCGUACCAUUCCGAGCCUCUGACUCUGGGCCUAUGUUUCUUCCGUUCAAUGGGAAACGUGCCCAUCCGCCAUUGAUGAAUCCGACUCUCUCACGGGCCCAGCAUGCAAUUCGGGUGACCUAA